CAAUUUUCAAAUCACAAUCUCUCUUCUCUCUCUCGGCACUCGCCGGCGAUGGCCAUGGCAUCGAAGCUCACCGUCUUACCUGGAUCCCAUUCAUCUUCGCCGGCAGGGUCGCAACGGUCAAGUUUCGCUUCCCGCCAAAACCUGAGUGUCCGUCUCUCACGCGCCACCGUCGGUGGCAGCUCAAUCCAGUUAAUCAACACAAGGCAACAGCAGCAGAGCUUUCUCUCUCCUCCGGCUCCGGCUCCGGCUAACUCCGUCCGAUCUGUCACCGCCAGAUUCCAGCUCCAAGCGCCGCUCAUUUCUCCUCAUGACCAAUGGGGCAACUGGACCGUCCUCUUCGCCACCGGCGCUUUCGGUAUCUGGUCGGAGAAGAACACCAACAUUGGCGGUGCAUUGAGCGGCGCGUUGGUGAGCACAUUGAUUGGACUUGCUGCUAGCAAUUUGGGAGUGAUUUCGUCGAAUGCGCCGGCGUUUUCGAUUGUGUUGGAGUUUCUGCUGCCUCUGGCUGUGCCAUUGCUGCUGUACAGGGCGGAUAUGCGCCGUGUGAUCAAAUCAACCGGGGCGCUGCUCUUGGCCUUCUUGCUAGGAUCAGUUGCGACGACAGUUGGAACGGUAGUGGCAUAUCUAUUGGUGCCUAUGCGAGCGCUUGGUCCAGAUAGUUGGAAAAUAGCAGCUGCACUCAUGGGUAGACACAUUGGUGGAGCUGUCAAUUACGUUGCCAUAGCCGAUGCUCUUGGGGUCACUCCGUCAAUUUUAGCUGCUGGACUAGCAGCAGAUAAUGUCAUUUGUGCUGUAUAUUUCUCGACAUUGUUUGCAUUGGCUUCAAGAGUACCUGCAGAAGCUCCAAUAUCUGAUACUGGCACUGCAAACGAUGCAGAAUCUGACAAUGGAAACAAGCUUCCUCUGGUACAAACUGCUACGGCCCUUGCUGUGUCCUUAGCCAUCUGCAAGAGUGGCUAUUACCUCACAAAAUACUUUCGAAUUCAAGGAGGUAUCCUUCCAGCCGUAACAGCCAUUGUGGUUGUUCUUGCGACUGUAUUUCCGAAACAGUUUGCAUAUCUUGCACCAUCUGGUGAAGCUAUGGCCAUGAUCCUAAUGCAGGUAUUUUUCACUGUGGUGGGAGCAAGUGGAAACAUAUGGAGUGUGAUCAACACUGCUCCUAGUAUCUUCCUCUUUGCUUUAGUCCAGAUUGCUGUCCACCUUGCUAUGAUACUUGGAUUGGGAAAGCUACUAGGAUUCAACCUCAAGUUGCUGCUUAUAGCAUCAAAUGCCAACGUCGGAGGCCCUACAACAGCUUGUGGAAUGGCCACAGCCAAAGAAUGGCAUUCUAUGAUUGUUCCUGGAAUUCUUGCAGGCAUCUUUGGCAUUGCCAUCGCAACUUUCCUCGGCAUUGGAUUUGGGGUCGCCGUUCUAAAAGCCAUGUAAAAUAUUCCACUCAACAUUAGCAGAAAUGGGUCAAAACCUACUUUGCUGUAGUAUCAUUAGCAGAAAAUAAAUACAUAGAUAACCC